CCAGGCAGAAAACUCCAAAUAUAACUACAAACCAUAUGGUGAACAGAAGCUGUUUUUCUGGUAUAAGACUCCUGCGGGCAUGGAGGGUGAGCUCGGACUCGACGCACACAUUCGCGCCGGUGCCUGGGACAUCUUCAUCUUUGUCGCGAUAUGAAGUCCCUCUUUUCCUCGGUGCUGUUGGCGUUCUUGACCGUGCGAGGCGCCGCGGCGUGGGGAAAUCUAGGCCAUGAGACCGUAGGAUAUGUCGCCCAACAGUUCCUAGCGCCGAAGGCCCUUUCGUUCGUCAAGUCGUCCUUGGGUGCUCAGUACAACGAAUCCCUCGGACCUGCAGCAACCUGGGCAGACGAAGUGAAAUCGGAGGCGGCAUUUUCUUGGUCAUCCGCAUUACACUUCGUUGAUGCUGAGGACGACCCUCUCCACGGAUCCUGCUCUGUUUCCGAGACGCGCGACUGUUCCAACGGGCGUUGCAUCUUGACCGCUAUUGCCAACUACACCACGCGAGUCCAGAUGACGUCGCUCAGCGCCGAACAACGGCAGGAAGCCCUGAAGUUCAUCGACCAUUUUCUCGGAGACAUCGGCCAGCCCCUACAUGUCGAGGCCCUCGAAGCUGGGGGAAACGAUAUUAGCGCAAAGUGCUCCGGAGAGUCUUCGACGAACCUUCAUGCUGUCUGGGACACCGGCAUCUUGACCAAACACAUCGACACGAGCUUCAACAGCAACGUCCAGACCUACGCGAACUCGCUCGUUACCAGACUCAAGACCGGCGACUUCAGCAAGCAGGCCGCUUCUUUCAUUUCCUGCUCUUCUAUUACCGAACCCGCGUCUUCGAAGCGUGAACUGAAGGACGAGAUUAUGGAGCUUAUCAUCGGGCGCGCCGACAACGCGAUCACCCCGCUGGCGUGUCCUCUUGUCUGGGCCGCCGAUGCGAACGCAUUCGACUGCUCGUUCGUGUUCAACUUCUCUACAGGCGAGGACCUGUGCUCGGGCACGUACUUCAGCGGCGCAAUCCCAAUCAUUGACCUUCAGCUCGCUAAGCAGGGCUUCCGCCUCGCUGCCUGGCUCAACGUCAUCUUCGACGGCGCUACGAUGCUUCCUUGACAUGAGGAACGGCUGUAGCUAGAUCGCGGUGCCAGCAAUCAAUAAUGCAGAGCGAUGUUGUAUUAUCAGUGGUAUAAAUACUGGGUCCGCUAAGAUACAUUGCUAUACAUGCAGUAAAGAUGCGAU